GACAACAGAAUACCCAAUAACUCGCGUUUCUGGCUUCAAUCCACUCAAUUGCCACCAUGUCGCUCAAAAAUACCUAUCUCCUCGCCUACAACGGCAUUUCAUUCCUCCUCUGGUUCCACCUAACCUUCCGCACCAUCACCCUCCUCUCAAUCUCCUUCUCAUCUCCAUCCACUCCAAACUCCAACCUGCUCUCCAUAUACCACACUCUCCUUCCUCACCUAACAUUCACACAAUCCCUCGCGGUGCUAGAAGUCCUCCACGCAGCAUGUGGACUCGUCCGCGCAUCACCAGUCACAACAGCCAUUCAAGUCGGCGGCAAGAACCUCGUUGUCUGGACCGUGAUGCGGAGAUUCCCUCAUUUGGUGGCUAAUGUUGGGAAUGGUGGGAUUUGGGGCCUUAUUGGAUGUGUGCUUGCUUGGGGUGUGAGUGAGAUGGUGAGGUACGGGUUUUUUGUGGUGCAGGUUUUGAGGGGGGAGGCUUGGGGGUGGUUGAAGUGGCUGAGGUAUAGUGCUUUUGUGGCGUUGUAUCCGCCUGGGUUCUUGUGUGAGGCGUGGUUGGUAUAUAUUUGUCUCACUCAAGCUGGAAAUGGGGAUAUUGGAUCGAUUUACAGAGGGUAUUUACUUGGGGGAUUGAUCAGCUAUUUACCAUUGGGUUAUAUUCUUUACACGCAUAUGUUGGUGCAGAGACGUCGUGUUCUCAAGCCAGGAAGCAAGAGGUCAUGAUAUUGGGCGAUCACUGCGGUCGACGAAUUGAGUUUAUCGCCGACAUGUAACAUUAGCUUGACGUUAAUUGUUCACUUGGAUGGUAUCCAGGCCCAAGAACCUACUUGGUGAAAAAGCUCGGGCAAACCAGCGGAAUCUUGACACACAGAAAGGCAGAGGCGGCGGGAACCUGGGGCUAGGUCGAACCGCAGCUAUUUGGAUUCUGCCCGUGCAUAAUUACUUGUGACGAGCGAAGGAGUGGGUUAGAAGUAUUUACAUACUCACAGAUCUGAAAGUUGAUGGAACCCAAUGGAGAAACAUGAAGGACAUCAGGUGUCUCGAGGAGAACUAAGUACUUUGUCGAUCAUCACGCGCUUGAUAACCUGAACUUUCGAAAAACGUGAAAGCGUGUAAUGGCAAAAAACACAUAAUCUUUUCUAGCAUCAUCGGAC